AUGCUUGUUAUGAGUUGUCCGUCCACAACCAAUGAGCCAGAGAGCUGCAGCAGCGAGGGAAGCAGCUGCACCACUUCCUCCAUCACCGCCUCUGACCCAUCCUCUAUGUCUGGACACACUCACGCCACCCUACCUUCCCUGAGUGAUGCCCCCGACGCCUCCAAGCGUGAAGCUCCCCCACCUCCUCCCCUGCCGCCCCCACCUCCUGGAGCACCCCCACCCCCUCCGCCCCCGGCGACCACAUCCACCAACCACAACGCGAGGAAGAAGCGGCGGGUGCGCAGCUUCUUCUGGAAGCCCAUACCGGAGGAGAAGGUGCGCGGGAAGCCCAACAUCUGGACGCUGGCGGUGCGGCAGCAGCAGUACCAGAUCGACGUCCGCUCUGUGGAGGAGCUGUUCGGGCAGCAGGAGGAGGCAGCGGCGGGCGCACGUGGGUCCACGUCGGUCGCUGGGACCUCGGCUCGUGUCUCCAGGUCCCGCUCGUUCAAGGAGAGCAGCAAGGAUGAGAUCAGCAUCCUAGACUCCAAGAGGGGGAUGAACGUGGGCAUUUUCCUGAAGCAGUUCAAGAGGUCCAACCGCUCUAUUGUUGAAGACAUACGGCACGGAGACGGAAAGAUUUAUGGAGCAGAGCUGCUCAAAGACCUGCUGAAGCUCCUGCCUGACGCAGAGGAGAUCAAGAAACUUCAGUCGUUUAAAGGAGACCCAGACAAGCUGACACUGGUCGAUUCCUUUAUGUACCUCUUGAUCCAGGUGCCUCGGUUCGAGGUUCGGAUCGAGGCCAUCGUCCUCCGAGAAGAGUUCUUCCCUUCCUGUGCUGUCAUGAGCCACGAGAUCGAUAUCAUCCGCGUCGCCACUAAAGAGCUGAUGAGCUGCGAGGAGCUUCAUGCCAUUCUGCAUCUGGUGCUGCAGGCCGGAAACAUCAUGAACGCUGGCGGCUACGCAGGCAACGCCGUAGGCUUCAAGCUGUCGUCCCUCCUCUCACUGGCUGACACCAAGGCCAACAAGCCAGGGAUGAACCUGCUGCACUUUGUCGCCAUGGAGGCAAAGAAAAAGGACGAGAAGCUGCUCAAGUUUCCAGAGAAGCUUCAGGACGUCCAGGGUGCAGCCAGAAUCUCAGUGGAAAACAUCGAGGUGGAGUUUUCCUCCUUGUACGUCCGGAUUAAAUCCCUGGAGGAGAAGGUUCAGGGAGACGUGGAGCUGCUGCAGCAGCUGGAGCCCUUUCUGCAGAGUUCAGCGCGGACGCUUCAGGACCUGAAGAGACGCAGGCUGGAUCUGCGGAAAGAGGGGAACGCUCUCAUCGACUUCUUCUGUGAAGACAAAGACACCUUUAAGCUGGACGAGUGCUUCCGCAUCUUUCAAGACUUCUGCAUCAAGUUCAAGAAAGCUGUCAAGGACAACAUGGACCGCGAGCUGAAGGAAGCAGCCAGGCAGCGUCGUCUGAGAGAGCUGGAGGAGAAGCGUUUUGCUUGGUCGGGCGCGGAUCAGAGCGGCGUAUUCGGUCGGAGCAGCAGCGAGAACGACGUGGAGAUGCUCACCAAGGAGGGCCUGUUGGACUUCUUCCAGCAGAGGUCUCAGAGCCCGCACAGCCCGCUGGGACGCUCUGCCAGCGCCCGCCGCCACCGGCACACCAUGACCUCCAUAGCGGACCGAGAACUCCAAGGAUACCUGGAGCUGUUUGGAGGGACCGGGAAUCCCACUGACUAUUCCAAGUUUAACAGCCUACCUCGGUCGGGCCGCGCCGUGCAGCGGAGGACCACCCCCUGGAUCUUAGCCCAGGACGACAACCGUGAGCUGGGCUGCGACAGACAGGUGACGUCUCCACAUGCAGAAACUGAGCCCAUCAGCCCACUGGCCAGGUUUUCCUCCCCUGGGCUAAAUGAUAACGAUCCAUACAACAACAACAACAACAACGUGUACUCCUCUGUGUCGGAGGGCAGCGCUCUGCCUCGUCCCUUCUGCGUCUUUCAGAGGCCCGCCCUUCUCCCCAACCCGUCGAUUUCUGGCCACAUGAAUGUCAGUGUGGAGAAGCACACUUUAGUUCGAGGUCCUCAAGCUUUUGACCUACCAAGUCCAAACAAUAACAGUAAUCAUAUGCACUUUGUCAACCAGGGGGACGUCGUGGUGACUGAUUUGGAAAAGGAAGGACUCUCACCUCCCACAAGUCUGGACAACCUGAAAGUUUUAGAAAGAGGAGCAGAUCCCAAGGCAGCCUGGGAAGGGAAAUUAGACCCUCCCUCACAGGCCGAGGUCUCUCCUGAGAGAGAGAAGGAAGAAGAGGACAACAGUACAGUUUCAUCAACGACCUGUGAUACUCCCCUCCCACUGGACACCUCUGUAUCCAAUAAGAAACCAAUGUUUUACAUACUGGACUGCACGGAAACAGACUGCUCUGUCACCUUGGAUUACUCUGAGGUUGAAAGCUCGUCUCUAACCAAAGAGGGACUUUUCAGAAUGACUGACUGCAGCAGAGAUCAGGAGAGCCAACAGGAUCCGAGCUCCCUGUCCUCUAAUUUGGAGUCCAUGUCUCCCAACGACCAGUCUGUUUCAACCAACGAGCUUUCAGCGCCAAAAUCUGUGGACGCGGCGUCCAUGACACCGUCUGCUACCACGGAGGAGUGGGACACAGAGAGCUGCGACACCGCCGAGGGGAAACAAGGUGCGGAGAAAGAUGCGCAGAGAAGCAGCAGAAAGCCAGCGCACUCAAAGAGCAGAGCUAACAAAGCGGCCAAGUCCAGCGGAGGUCGCGGCGUGCGAACGCUGACCAGCAGCGAGAGCCAGGGCAUGCGCAAAGUUGUGCCCAUUAGCAAGCUUGCAAGGACGGGUAGCAGCAAGACAGCAGAGGUGCAUGACAGCGGAGAGUCCCGCCGGCCCCUUCGAGACCAGAGCACCCCAGCGAGAGGAAGGACCGAGAAGACCACCAGACCUCUUCGCCACUCCAGUCUGCCUCCUGACGAGUCGAAGGCUCAGAGGGGAAGUAGCCUCACGGGCGGCAUCUCCAGAUGGGCGCGUGAUUCAACCCCGAGAAAGGCCUCCAUCCACAAGCCGAGCGCCAAGCCCCUGAGGAACAUCCCAAAGCCUGCACCCGAGGAGAAGAUGUGCCGCUCCACCAUGAGAGCCCUGGCACAGGCCCAAGCCCAGGCUCAGGCUGCAGCUUCCUCUGAGAACAGCAGCUCGCACACGCUUGCAGCGAAAAGCACCUCGGAUGUCCCCAGCUUUGCCCGCAACACCGUAUCUUCGUCUUCCAGGACCAAGAAGGAGCUGGGCCCCCCGUCCGUCCCCUCCACCCCGUCUCGCAGCCCCUCGCUUCUAGCCAGACAAACCCCGGUGAAGCAGAACAGGUUGUCACCCACGGUUCAGGCCAGCGAGGAGCGGCCACAAGGGACAAACCUGCGACGGGUGCAAAGCGUGAAAGCGGCCAGUCGCAGCGCCUACCGCAGCGAGACUCCCCCGCCGCCUUCAACGCGGGAAGAUAUCCGCAAGACUAAUAGCUUUUCUGAGAAGCCUGUCCAGUCCAGAGACUUGGUGACAUCCAGCAGGAGUGCUAAACCGAGCUGGAAAUAA